AUGGAAGAGCAGAUGAAGGAUCGUGAAGGGAAUCGUUUCCUUGAGAAUAGCGAGUGGGAUGUAGAGAAACACCUACUUGUUUUCUUUUUCUUGAUGAACGUCCCUUGUGGUACUGUGGUGUCUGGAGACCUGGGAGAGACACUGAACCAGUUUCAGGCUGAUGGGGAUUAUAUCCUUGGAGGUCUCUUUCCACUUUACUCUGCUAACAUGAAUAGAGCUAAGAGAGCAAGUUCAGAAUCUCACAAGUGUGAAAGAAUCCAACUUGAUGGUUUCCUCUGGGCUCAAGCAAUGAUAUUUGCUAUUGAAGAAAUCAAUAACUCUAGCACUCUCCUACCAAAUGUGAUGCUGGGAUAUGACAUCCGGGACACCUGUCUCAUGCCCUCAGUUGCAAUGCGCUCGGCCAUUUCCUUCUUAACCGUGGAAGGUGGAACUACAUUUGAAAUUAGCUAUUUUGCUUCAAGCAAUUUAUUUAAUGAUAAAAAUAACUUCCCAUCGUUCUUCCGGACAAUUCCCACGGAUGAAGUCCAGGCUGCAGCUGUGGUAUCAAUUGUGGAAACAUUUCACUGGAACUGGAUAGCAGUGAUCGGGACAGACAACACAUAUGGUCGAAGAGCAAUGCAGCAUUUCAUAAAACUCGUCUCCAAAACUGAGAUUUGCAUCGCAUUUGAGGAACUGAUUCCUGUGCAUCUACGUGACCUUAAACUGCAGAAGAAAAUGGCAUCGAUCAUCUCAUACAUUGUUCUCUCACAGGCUAAUGUCACAGUAGUGUUUGCGGAGGAUGUUUAUGCUGAGGUAUUGCUGACGGUGGCCCUGGAGCAGAAUAUGACAGAGAAGGUAUGGAUUGCCAGUGAGAGUUGGGUUACCUCUGAAGCAGUUGCCAGCAUCCCAAAUAUCUCAAGCAUUGGGACCAUCCUGGGUGCAAGCAUUAAAAAUGUUAAAAUCCCUGGGUUUGAAUGUUAUGUUUCCACUGCACUGGCUCUCAACCACAUGCCCAAACUGAAAUCUGAAAGCUGUAACAGGAAUGAGCGCCAUCCGGAGAUGAAAAAUGAAGAAGCAUCUGUGGUUAUUGGUGAAGACUUAGAACGUAUUUCAUUCAGUGUUUACUCGGCAGCUUACACAGUAGCUCAUGCUCUCCAUAGCCUGCUCCGCUGUGAUAGAGGACCCUGCAACAAGGGCAACAUUUACCCAUGGCAGCUACUUAUAGCAGUCAGAGAAGUUAACUUCACCCUCCACAACCAAGCUAUUUUCUUUGAUGAAGAAGGAAACCCGCCAACAGGAUACGACAUCAUUAACUGGCAAUGGAAAGGCGGGAAUCUGAUUCCAGAAUUCAGAGUGAUUGGUGAAUACAGAGCUCAGGAUAAAGAACUUAUAAUAAAUGCAUCCCUGAUUGACUGGAACACCCUGCAGAAUAAGAUUCCUGACUCCAACUGCUCAACUUCCUGUGAAUCUGGGCAAGUGAAAAUAGUGAAGGGGCAUCUUUCUUGCUGUUACCAGUGUGUGGACUGUCCAGCAGGAACGUUUCUGAGUGAUGACGAACAGUGCAUUCCGUGCCAGAAAGAUGAGUGGUCUCCACCAAGAAGUGUGAAAUGUGAAAAGAAAGUGAUCGAGUUCUUCCGAUGGACGGACACUCUGGCUGGCUUGCUAGCCACACUGGCGGCUGUAGGCCUCUCCAUCAUCAUGGCAGUGAUUAUCAUUUUCAUCCCCAAUCUCAACAGCCCCUUGGUCCAGCUGGCAGGAGGGACAACCUGCCUGGCGAUGCUGAUAUUCACUGCCACAACGUGCUGCAGCAUUUACUUUUUCCUGGGGAGGCCAAACUGGUUUCUAUGUAGAGUUCGGCAGCCCCUUUUCUCAAUUGGCUUUGCUGGUUGUUUAUCAGCCAUGCUGGUGAAGUCAUUUCAAGUGAGUGGCCUGCCUAGGGUAACCAGAUGCAUCCCACAAUGUUUCCCUGCUUUCCUAUGGCACAAUGGCAAGUGGCUGAUCAUCUCUUUCUUCCUCUUGAUUCAGUGUGCUCUGUGUGCAACCUGGCAGUCCAGGUCUCCGCCAUUUGUCUUUGCAAACUACAAUAUCUCUGUCACAGAAAUAUUCAUGGAAUGUAAUGAGGGCUCUUUAACUGGCUUUGGGUUACUUCUGAUCUAUAAUAACCUGCUUGCCCUUGCGUGUUUUCUGUGUACUUUCAUGGGCCGAAGUACAGACAAAACCUACAAUCUAGGCCGGCACAUUACCUUUGCUAUGCUCAUUUACCUCACCGUUUGGGUCUUCUUCAUCCCAGCCUACACUACUACCAAGGGCAAGUUUGUCUCCUUCUUGGAACCAUUUGCAGGAUUGGUGAGUGUGUAUGGAAUCAUCAUAGUCUACUUUCUACCCAAAUGCUACAUCAUUCUCUUUAAACCAGAGUACAACACCCAGUCUUACUGUCAGGAGCCUACAGACAAUCCUCCGUCCAACAUGGAAGGCCAGUGA